AUGGACCCCAGUGGUUAUCCGGCAGGCUAUCCCGUCCCGACGCAGAGCCCGCAACAGCCCUUUUACCCUAACGCUCCGUAUCAGUCAAAGACACAACAUUCUUUUGCUAUGCCCAUGCAGCCUGGAGCUAUGAUACCCUCAGGCUUUCCCCAAUCUUCUGGUUCGUGGACCCCCCCCCCCCCCCCCCCCCCUCCUCUCCUUCCCCCUUUUUUUCCUGGUGUCAGGAGUACCUUUUCCUGUCACCUUUCACCUGCUCCACUAUCAGCAGCACCUAUGGAGAACUUCUCAGCACCCUUCAACCAGGCUCCUGUUCCCACCACCAUGGGCCAAUUCGUUCCCCCUCAAGGCACCUCCGGUCAGAAUAUGCCGUCACAAGUAGCGCAAACUUUUUCUCAGAACAUGGCCUCGAUUUCGGCGAAUAAUCUCCUCGGCACCGGGCCUAAACCACCUUCACAAAUGAACUCGCCUCAAAGCGGUGCUUCUCCUGCGGCCCCCGCCCAGGCUCAGGCUCAGGCCCAGGCGCAAGCUCAAGCUCAAGCUCAAGCUCAAGCUCAGUUUGCCGCGCGUGAGAAAGCACGCGUCACUGCUCUCCUUGAUAUCAACUCCGCCCUGCUGCAGGAAGUGGUCAACCUUCAAGCUGCUGGAAAGGCCGGUGCUGCCUCCAACCCAGACCCAAAUUCACCAACCACAGAACAGGCAGUCGAUCCAUCAAAAGCCGGACAGAAACCAAGUCCUGAAUAUAUUGAAUGCAUGCGACGCUUGCAAGCCAACUUGGCCUAUCUCGCAACCAUCGCUGAUCGAGCCAAGAAACCGGGUGGUGUUGCGCCCCAAGCGCCAGCCAUCAUGACACCGCCUCCCAACCUUCCGAGUAUAAAUGACCUGUACACCAGGCUCAAUGAGCUUUUCUCUCGAUCUGGCAAAGCCUCGACACCACAACGCCUCAGCCCUCAGGGUAACGGUGGGCCCAGCCCUGGCGCUCUGGGCGAGUCUGUUGUCUGA